AUGCAUCGAGCUGGUGUUGAAGAUGCCAACUCUGGAAUAUCAACGGCAAUGCUUUUGGCCGAGGUUGAGCGUUCCGUGCAGGCGAUCUGCACGCGGCUCAUGGAACCACAUGUGGAGGCAGCAGCGGGAACGCUCGUGCAGAUCGACGGCUUGUGGGAUCUUGCCAAAGCCAACUCUAGGAAGCUCAUUGACAUGGACCAUGUCUUCCGCAAUAUGCAGGAGGGGCUUCUGAAAAUGGAUGGCUUGCGCACGGAUCUCGAUCGCUUCGAUUCCACCCUCAACAAGCAGGCCACGGAGAUGGAGAGCAUGAUCGAGCGAUACGAGGUCGAGCUGCAGCAGCUGAAGAUGAUCACGAAGCAGAAGGAAGAGGGUCAUCUGCAGCAGCGGCGUGCCCUCGACGCCGUGCGGCACGAGCUCCAGCACCUCCAGAAGCUGCAGUCCAGCUGCGAACAGUCCUUCUUCUCAAGUCUGGAGCAGAAGUUCGGAGAGUUGGCACCCCUCAAAGCAGACGUGGAGGCAAAGAUCACGUCCAUGGAGCUGAAGCAUCACACCCUCACCGAUCAGGUCUGGAGCAGUGAGUGUGCCAUCGCCAAAGUGUCAGGGGAGCUCUGCAACUUCCAAGAUCGCUUCGACCAGCUGAAGGAAGUGGUCCUCGGCCUCGAAAGCGAGCGCGACACUCGCAAGAAGCUGGAGAACAUGCAGCAGGAGCUCGCAGAUUGGUUGGGACAAUCUCGCUUCGAGGCCGCCUCGGUGAGGAAGGCGUUCUCUGCUGCCGUGAUGGCCAACAAAGAAAGCCUCCAAAUAGGGUUGGAUGUGGCUGCCAAGCAAAUUGCUAGCUUCAUGGACGAAGUGCGUGCUGAAAACCAGAAGCUCCUCGAGCAGACAGCUGACAUCCAGCGAGAAACGGGCGUGACCUGCAGUGGCUUCAGGGCGGAGCUAGACGAGCACCAGCGGCAGCGGCAGCUGGCGGAUGCGCGGACGGAGGCCAUCCUGAGCGAGUUGCGGGAGGCCUUGGAUGAGUACGACCGCCGGAGGAAGCGCGAGAGAACCACCCUCGAGCUGGAGAUGAAGGAGGUCGGACAGCAGCUGGCCAUCCUCCACGGAUCUGUCGAGAACGCGGUGCGAGCUUGCAAGAGCCUGGACCCGCUCUGCGGUGCGCUGGUGGAGGUGUUGGCCAUGCAGGUGUCCUUGGAGCGACAGGAGUUCGCAGACUGGCAUCGAGUAUCCUUGGUUGGGUACAAGCCAGUCUCUACCACCCAGAAGCCAACUGAGGUGGAUGACACAUCGAAGUCUCCGUCGAAGUCACCGCCCAAAGCUCCCAAACAGUCGCCUCGAAAGAAGGGGGACCCCUCCCAGAUAAUCAGCCUGGACAAGCGCUGCUACUCGUGCUGCAGCCAAAGCCAGAUGGUCAUGGCCGGGUUCAAGAUGGCAUGUCUGCAGUACAAGCCCUCGCCGGUUGCCUGCAGUGGAGGCCUCCUGGAGCGCGUGGAGCUCUUCGAUCGCAUGGAGCAGCUGCUGGAAGCGGCUCGCGAGCGUGUCCGCUACAAUCGCGACGAGGAGGUGCUGCUGUCCCCGUUGCCGGGCCUGAAGCCCAGUUCAGGGUGGGUGAUGCUUUGGAAGCAUACAGCUGCUGCACAUGUGGUCUUUUGGGAAUUUCGAGAGCCGUGCGAAGUGCGGCAAAGAGGCCGAGAGGCUACUGCCACUGCUGUGUCUGCCUUGUGCUUCGCUCUUCGGCUCCCAAGUGGGGGCACACUAGCGCGGGGGGCAGUAGUCGCUACGGCGAAAGAAACGCUCACAUCCCCAGAUAAGAGCGGAAAAGAAGAAGGGCUGAGCCAUUUCACCUGCCACCCCCAAACUGUUGAUGUGCUGUAUAUACUGCCAAAAGAAGCGGCGCCCCGGAGAGUCUCCGCUGCGUCGAACUGUCUGAUUCACUUUGUGUUGAUGCGUAUCAACCGACUGUGCUCAGUUCGCCAGACGUGCCUCAAGUCCCUAGAUGGGCCGUACACUCGUAGUCAGGUCGCUCGUCAUACGGGGUCGAGGAAGUCCAGCAUGUCUGGUAAUGAGGCCAGCAAGAUCCGUUGUCAUGGGUCGGGAGGAAUCUUCGUGUCAGGAUUCUUCUUGUCAAAAACUAAAAACCAAGUGAACGUGGAAACCUCCCGUCUCACGACAACGCAAAAGGAGCGACAGCCUUUUCCCGGAGUUUCACGUGCAAGUCUUUUGAAUCUCAGGACAGGUGCUCGCGCGCGGAGGAGCAAGAAGACGCUACUUGUAGAAACAGAAGAACGAAAGGAAGAAAGGGCGCAAGAGAGCAUUUGGCCAAUGUGCACCCUACCCGCUACCCGAUUGGCCUGCGAAAGCAUUCGGAGCGGCCCUGAAAUGGGAGUGCCGAAGCAUGCGCCACGGGCACAUGGCCAUUGCCUCAGGUUCCGGAGCAGAUCCGCCAUUGGCCCGCGGCUGAGAUCUAAUGAAUCUACUGCCUAA